CCUCUCCGUUCGAUGUGUUCAGGCACCAUGAAGGACAGAGAACACUGCAGAGUGCGAAGCAAAUUGCCAUUGACCAUUCCGAUGGCUCUCUGCUGGAGAGCCCCACCACGGCCUUUGCCUCUCUCCAGAGGGUGUUCCCUGCAGCCUUAUGGUCUCUACGGCUGCUGUCUGCAGCCUCCUGAGGCGCACUUUCAGAGGAGGUACGGACUGACGAGCAUUGGAGUGAUGUGUGUGGCGUGACUAGGAGGGAAACACUGACACACUCUCCUCUCUCCGCUGCGCCGUAUGGCUGCAGAUUCCUCGCUCAGGGUGCGCCCCCGCUGCUGCAGACGGGCGCCCUCGACCACCUGAGCCUACCGUGGCCUCCUGGCCUCCAAAUUUGGCCAUUUGAGGUGGUCCUUUCGGCGGCACGGCCAAGGCCACAGGGGCCCGCUCCAAAAGAGCUUCAAAGACACAACUGAAUCUUCUGUAGGCCUUGCAGAGCGAGUGUAGAGGCCACUACGGUCACACCGGCUGCCUCAGAAGCCCGCACUAGCUGAGCUGC